CUCAAACUAUUCUCAUUCUCAACAAUUCUCAUUCUCAUCAUCAUUCAUCAUCAUCAUGUCUAUUCAUCAAUCAAUCAGUUCAUCAUCAAUCAAUAAACAUUCAUCAGCUUCAAGUACUUCAAGUACAUCUUCUAAUCAACUUCAACUUCAACAACUUUCAAAUCAUAUGCACUCAAUCUCUCUCAAUCACCCUUCACUCUCAUUAGCAGCUCUCACUCCUGAAGGUACACCUCCAAAGGCAUUCUCGUCUAACUCAACCACUUCGAUCUUACAUCCGCCUCCAAAUCGAACUAUCUCUCCUCCUACUCCAGCACCUUCACCUCAACCUCAAACAGACAAAGAUUGGUCUCAUCUCGCUACUCAUCCUCAACGAAUUCCAUCCUUACGUCUCGAUGACUCACUUACCUUAAUCGAAGCAUUCAGUUCCUUAUCUCUUGGUAGUAGAACCAAAUUCCUCAACUCACUCUUACCUAUUCUCAAUCUCAAUGAACUCACCACACUCUCUGGUAAGAUUCUACCAAGGCUGAAGCGUGACUUUUUAAGAGAGUUACCCAUCGAAAUCUCUCUUCAUAUUCUCAGCUUUGUUGAUGAUCCAAAGACCUUAAUGCGAGCUGGUAUGGUCAGUCGUUUUUGGAGAUCAUUAGUCAGUGAUGAAGCCACUUGGAAAGGAAUGUGUUGGAGACGUGGCUUCAAUAAUCGGAAUGCUCCUAUCACUUCUCGUCCAUAUCCUCCUGAUCUACCCCACCACCAGUUUGAUGAUGCCUCUAAUAGCACGCCUAGCUCAACUCAUCCCGAUCAACUCAAUUCACUCGCCAAUACACCUACCACAGCCAAUGCGCUCGAAAUGCAUCCUCCGAACAGUGCAUCUUCUUCGAUGGUCGAAGAAACUGAGUAUUCACCUCGUCCGCCUUUUUCUUACAAAUCAUACUUCAAGCGGGCAUAUCUCACUGAAUCAAAUUGGCUCAGGGGCCCUGGGGACCUUAUCACAAUGCAGACUUCGCAGAAUUACGAUGGAAAUGAAUGGGUAGUCACCUCACUUUGUUUCGAUGAUGAUUGGAUUGUGGUGGGCAUGGCUACGAGUAAGAUCCAUGUCUUUGAUGCCCGGACGGGAGAGUUCGUCAGAAUGUUGGCAGGUCAUGAACUCGGAGUUUGGUCUCUUGCAGGCUGGGGACAGAAGAGGAGCUUGGUGGUCAGCGGUGGGUGCGAUAGAGAUGUAAGAGUAUGGGAAGUUGAGACGGGUCGAUGCUUGCAUGUUCUAGCGGGGCAUAGCUCGACCAUUAGAUGUAUGAAAGUCUUAGAAGGUAGACCAAUUGCGAUUUCAGGAUCGAGAGAUUCAACACUGAGAGUAUGGGAUAUAGAGCAAGGGGUUCAGAAACACCUCUUGGUUGGACAUACGCUCAGUGUACGAGCCGUUGAAGUUCAUGGCAAUAGAGCAGUCAGUGGAAGUUACGAUAAUACAUGUCGAUUAUGGGAUGUUGAUACUGGCGAAUGCUUGAAGUUAUUAAGAGGACACUAUCACCAGAUCUAUGCAGUAGCAUUCGAUGGCACUCGAAUCGCAUCAGGUUCAAUGGACUCUACAGUAUGUAUCUGGUCAGCCGAGACGGGUGAACUCCUUGCACUUUUACAAGGUCACACGGCAUUAGUGGGACAAGUUCAGAUCAAUGGACCCUCAAACGUGUUGGUCACUGGCGGCUCGGACGGCAGAGUAGUGGUGUUCAGUUUGGAGAGUUUUGAAUGUUUACAUAGGUUAUGUGCUCAUGAUAACUCGGUGACCUGUUUGCAAUUUGAUGAUCGGUUCGUGGUCACAGGUGGAAAUGAUGGGCGAGUCAAAUUAUGGGACUUCAAGACUGGAUCAUUUAUCAGAGAAUUAGCAGAGCCUUGUGAAGCAGUUUGGCGGAUUGUAUUGAGAGAUGAUAAAGCGGUUUUGUUAUGUAAAAGGGAUGGAAGAACAGUAAUGGAAGUAAUAUCUUUUAGACCUAGUUUAGAUUCUAUUUAAGGCUUAACUUUCUUUUCCUUUCCUACCUUAUUUUCUGCAUUGAAUUGUAUUGUGUGUUGUUUUUUUGUCGUUCUUUUAUGAUUUUUUUUCUUUGUUUGAGUUUGUUCGUUUAUUGAAAGGAAGGCAUGGGAAAGGAAAGAAGUAUGUGAGUUGGAAUGUUCUUAUUGUUUUUUUUGCAAACUUAUAUAUUGUUAGUGGUCCAUAAUCAAGACAAGGUAAAGAUGUUUUCAAGUGUUGUGAUACUUUGCUUUUUUUGUUUUAGGUGCUUAUUGAUCUAUUUGUUUAAUAUAUUGUUUGAAUC